AUGAAGUUCUCUUCGCGAGUUGUCUCGGCUUCGGCCGCAGUCCUCCCCCUCGUCAACGCCUUCCCAGCCAAGUUGUACGAUGUCAUUGCCAAUGACCCACAGAUCGCUGCCCGCACCAUCGAGCUUGCCAAGACCCUCCAGGGACGACAGACUGGUGCUGAUGCUGCAACGGCGCUCUUCGAGCCAGUACCGCAAUUCAACGCCGCUGAUCAAUACAUCGAUGUCAGCGAAGGCAGCGGACACGAAUAUGUGGCUCCUGGUCCAGAUGACCUGAGAGGACCUUGCCCUGGCCUGAACGCAAUGGCCAACCAUGGCUUCCUCCCCCACAACGGCUACGCAACCAUCUCCCAGUACAUCGAUGCCACGACGACUGUCGUCGGCAUGGGUCCGCAGCUCGCUGGUUUCCUCUCAAUCCUUGGCGCCGCUAUUGACGGAGACUUGACUGCAUGGUCCAUGGGCGGCACACCAAGCGUUGCUCAGGGCGGUCUGCUCGGCCCACUUGGUAACGGCCUCAGCGGCUCGCACAACAAGUACGAGAGCGAUGCAUCGCCCACUCGUCCAGAUCUCUACGAGGCUGGCAACGACUACAUCACCGAGACUGGCCAGUUCCAAGACCUGAUCAACUACUGUCCAGGUGGCCAGGUGGAUCUUGACUGCCUUACUGAUUUCCGCUCGUACCGAUUUGAUCAGCAGAUUGCCAACAACCCCUAUUUCUUCAACGGACCUUUCUCCGGUGUUGCGGUGCAGCCUGCUGCCUAUACCUUCAUCUUUCGCUACAUGGCGAACCACUCUGCUGAGUACCCUGUCGGCUACCUCAGCUACGAUACCAUCGCCUCCUGGUUCGGUAUCGAGGGGACCAACGGCAAUUACAACGCCGUACAGGGCACCGAAAGAAUCCCAGAUAACUGGUACCGCCGCGCUCAGGCCUACCCGUACGAGCUCGAGUACUUCAUCAGCGACUUGAUUAACGCAGCUGUAUUGCACCCCAAAUUCAUCAACAUUGGCGGCAACACCGGAACGGUCAACACAUUCACCGGCGUCAGCGUCACCAACCUCACAGGCGGCCUCUUCAAUCUCCAGACCCUUCUUGAAGGCAACAACCUUGGCUGCUUCAUCUACCAGCUCUCCGCGCAGGCCAAGCCAGACGCCCUCCUUGGCGCUCUCGACACCCUCACCGACACCAUUGGCAAGCUCAUCGCUCCUCUCAGCUGUCCUCAGCUUGAGGCAAUUGACGAAAGCCAGCUUGAGCAGUUCCCUGGUUACACCAAAAAGGCUGUCUACUCAUAG